UCAUUAAAAUACAAAACUUCUUUCCCUUGAAGAAAAGCUUCAUAUUACCAUCUCUUCUUCUCAGCAUGAGAAGUUCAUCAUUGUUAUAUCUGGCUUGGGCUCUUUCUCUGCUAGUGUCCUCUUCUUUGGUUUCUGCUGCUGUAGUGGAACACACGUGGGAAAUAGCAAACGUGACAGUGCGGAGACUGUGCAAUGAAAGGGUGAUAGCUGCUGUCAAUGGAAGUUUGCCAGGACCCACAAUUAACGUUCGAGAGGGCGACACUCUUGUCGUCCACGCCAUCAAUAAGUCUCCCUACAAUCUCACUCUUCAUUGGCAUGGAAUAUUUCAAUUGAUGACUCAAUGGACAGAUGGUCCUGAAUAUGUAACACAGUGUCCAAUCCUGUCAGGAGGAAAAUACACUUACAGAUUUAAUGUAACUGCACAAGAAGGAACUCUCUGGUGGCAUUCUCACUCUUCUUUCCUUCGUGCUUGGGUCUAUGGAGCACUCAUCAUUCGUCCUCGCUUGGGAAAAUCUUACCCUUUCCCUAAACCUUACAAAGAAGUCCCUAUAGUAUUUGGUGAGUGGUGGGAUGCUAAUGUUAUUGAUAUUGAGGAGGAAGCACAACAAUUUGGUGGUGCUCCAAGGAUAUCAAACGCUUUCACAAUUAAUGGCUUGCCCGGAACUCUCUACAAUUGCUCCCAAAAUCAGACAUUCCAACUUGACGUCCAGCAAGGAAAGACCUACUUGUUGCGCAUUGUCAAUGCUGCACUCAAUGAGCACCUCUUCUUCAAGAUAGCGAGUCACACCUUCACCGUCGUCGCCGUGGACGCCGCGUAUACGAAUCCCUACCACACCGAUAUCAUCGUGGUGGCGCCGGGACAAACCGUCGACGCCCUCCUCACCGCCAACCAAACGGUGGGUUCAUAUUUCAUGGCUGCCACUCCUUACCAAACCCUAAACGGCACGAACAACAACUCGACCACGACAGGCGUUGUCGUUUACAACGGAUCCAACACAACGACACCCUUAAUGCCAUCCCUACCGCCCAACAGCGACACCCAAACGGCCAAUACAUUCUACUCAGGGCCCACAGGGUUGGUCGGUGGGCCCCACUGGGUCCCAGUUCCUCAAGACGUGGACGAGCACAUGUUCAUUACCGUCGGAAUCGGGCUCGACUUCUGUAAUCUUCCGAACAACACGUGUUGGGGUCCGCUUAAUAGUACGCGUUUGUCUGCGAGCAUGAACAACGAAUCGUUUGUAUUACCUGAAGGACGAGGAUUCUCGAUGUUGGAUGCGUUCUACAGAAACGCUAGUGUUGGAGUUUACACCAGAGAUUUUCCAGAUCAGCCUCCUCUGGUGUUUAACUACACUGAUUCAAGCCUUAACAACAAUCAAACUCUGGCCUUCGCACCGAAAUCGACAAAGGUGAAGACGUUGAAGUUCAACUCCACGGUGCAGGUCGUGUUUCAGAACACGGCCAUACUUGCUGCUGAGAACCAUCCCAUGCACAUUCAUGGAUUCAAUUUCCAUGUUCUGGCUCAAGGGACUGGGAAUUACAACGCCUCAAAUGAUGAAUCCAAGUUCAAUCUUAAAGAUCCUCAGAUUCGUAACACUGUUGCAGUUCCAUUUGCAGGCUGGGCUGUCAUCAGAUUCCAAGCAAAUAAUCCAGGAAUAUGGUUCGUGCAUUGUCACAUUGACACUCACUUGACCUGGGGCCUAUCCAUGGCUUUUGAGGUUGAGAACGGACCAACACCAGAAACUACACUUCCUCCUCCACCAGCUGAUCUUCCUACUCAGUGUUAAGUUCCAUCAAUUAUAAACAAAAUCAUAUCAUUUUAUAAAAAUACCCAUUUAUAUAUCUUGGAGUUAAACAAAUAAAUGAAAUAAAGAUCUUUUUUUUUCUGCAACAGAAAUAAAGAUUUGUUUUAAAUGCUCAUUUGUAUAUUUCUAUAUAUUGUGGGUUCCUAAUUUAAUUUGUUGAUUUGGGAAGAGAGCGUAGCAAUAAAAGGGUAAACAUUUAGCCUCUAUGCUUCACGCGUUACCUGACUUGUCCACAACAUGGAAAUUAAUAAUAUCUGCUACUUUUUUGUGAUC